AUGCAUUUCGCAUAUCCCCCACGAAAAAGCUCGAAUCCGCCGCCAUUCCGGGCAAGGACCUCGAGAAUACCGCCGCUGCUCCGUCGCAGCAGGCUGAAGGUCAUUGCGGCGGGCGCCCUUGUGUUCUUGGCCUUCCUAUACCUGCUCUCCAGAGCCUUCAAGUCGCCGAGCGGGCCUCGAGCGCCGUUGGGCGAACCACCUGUGGUGAUAGUAACGGUGCUGGACGAGGAGAACUACAGCAAGAACUACUUGUCAAGCAUUCGCGACAACAGAAAACAAUAUGCGCAGCUCCAUGGGUACGAAGUGAUGUUUGCGAAGACAGGAGACUACGAUCUGAGUGGUUCACCGGCGUCGUGGAACAAAGUCGUAUCACUGAGGCAUGCCAUGACGAAGUACCCAGAAGCUGGAUGGUUUUGGUAUCUUGACCAAGACGCUUACAUUAUGGACCCGUCAACGUCUGUGGAGAGCCUGGUUUUGAAGUCGGAUAAACUCAACAGCUUGAUGAUCAGGGAUCAGCCGGUCGUUCCGCCUGACAGUAUCAUCAAGACGUUCCCCCACCUCAAGGGCGACGACAUCAGCUUCGUUCUUACUCAAGACAGGGAAGGAUUGUCGGCAGGCAGCUUCUUCGUCCGGAACGGCGAGUGGGCGAAGUUCUUCAUUGACACGUGGUUCGACCCACUGUACCGGAGCUACAACUUCCAGAAGGCCGAGGGCCAUGCCUUGGAGCACAUUGUCCAAUGGCAUCCCACCAUCCUCUCCAAACUCGCCAUCGUGCCGCAGAAGUUAUUUAACUCUUACAACAGGUACGAUAAGGGCGAUAUGUUCAAGGAUGGCGACUUGGUUGUCCGCGCUGCUGGAUGUACCAAAUCCGGAGAGCGGGCCUGCGAGGAGGAGCUGAACAGCUACAACAAGCAGUGGCACGCGGCGUUCAAGGGGCAGUAG